AUUUUUUUCAGAGAUUAAUGAUUUCUCGUGAUUAAAAAAGUAUGGGUAAGCCACUGAGCCGACCAGACUGUUUAAGGCGGAACCCUACCUGCCUGGGGAAGGGUGAGGAGGAGGAUGGCUAUAUAGAGGAUUGCUAUGUUCCACAGCGUUCUAUCUAUGAUACCAUGAGGAUAAAUGAACAGAUUGACCAGGGGUCAAAGCUUAAUCAGACUUCCAAAAGCACCAUGGAAAAGCUGGAGGGAAGCACUAUAUCCAGCAAUGGCACGUUAGGGGCAGCGUCUAAUGUUUUUGAAUCUAGAGCGCCGGAAGGCAAAAAACUGGAUGAGAGAAUCAUCUUUGAUGCAUUAAAGCUAAGCAGUGAUGUGCAGAAGUCGGCACCUGCACCACCCAGGAGGCGGCCCAAUGCAGAGCGCAGAGACAAUGUUAACAGGAGAUCAUGGAAGUCCUUCAUGCCACCCAACUUCCCAGAAUUUGCAGAAAGGAUGGAAGCUUCUCUCAGUGAGGUUUCAGAAGUUGGUGCUUCCAACCCUUCCUUGCAAGAGAAGAAGGAAUCCAAGUCUGUAUUAACAGCAAGUUCUGGUCAGUUAGACCAGAGGGCACCUCGGGCAGAGGCUGUAACUCUGCAACAUGUGUCCAAGUCUGUAGGUGUUUCAGAAGUGCAAGAUGUGAAGAACUUAAGUGGAGACUGUCAGGACUUGAGAUUUCAGCAGCACAGUGAGAGCUCUCCCUACCAAUUCCUGCCUGCAGAAUCAGAAGCUCCAGCGGCAAGUGCUAACACAGAUGUUACGCAGGAACACAGAUUCUCAAGUGCAACCUGGCCCAGGGCCAUGAAAAGUUCGGCUAAGGGAAGCUUCGGUGAGAAGCAGCACCCCCUUGGGGAAACGGCCUGCGCUGUGGAAAUACCGCCUCUCUCGCCUUGCCUGAGUGAAGAGCUCUUGGAUCCGGAAUUGAAUAUACUUGUAAUCCCCACCCUGAGAGAGAAAACCGAGUCUGAGCUAAAGUUUGAGGAAGAUGAGCGAUGGAUCAUGAUGGAGGCUGAGGAAGAUUGGGAGGAAGAGAAACUGUCAGAGACAGGGAAGACUUCUCUGAUGGCAAAUGAGAACAACCUGACAGAUACUGGAGAGAAGGAACCAACAGACACAACAGCAGUGGCAGAGGAUGAAGCUGAUAGCUUAGCUGCUGCCUCGGGUGUUCUCGGCCACCCAGAUCUUGAUCAGAUUUCUUGUUGUGAUAACCCACAGCCAUCUCAGGACCAGCUGGCUUCUGUUCCCCGGGAUACACCCCUAGAUCACAGCUAUGUUCUCACAGGGGAGAUGGAAGACAGAACUCCUCGGGGCCUGGAGAGUCCUGUUGGUGCAGAGCAGCUCUCUGACACAGACUCAGUGCAGAUGUUUCUUGAACUUGAAAAGGAGUGUCUGUGUGAAGAAGUGGUCACUCCUCCAGCUGAGCUGCAGAAUCAGGCCUCUGCUGAAUGGCUGGCCCCAUCCCAGGAUGCAGAAAAUUCAUCUGUGAUUAGUCACUUUCCAGGGGCACCCUCAGAGAAGGGACAACAUGUAGGCCUUUUAAAUGUAAGCAAAAAGGACUAUGCUGUUGGGUUGGAUUGUGAGUAUUUUAGUGCCCUGGAUUCUUCUCAGGUGCCUAAUGCUGUGGAACUUACUGCCUCUGACGCUUCCACUGUUAACAAGGAGGAGUGUGAAAAAGUGCCUUUUAGCCCCACAGCUGCAGGGGAAUUUAAGUCCAGUAACCCAGCAGACCUGGAGUCACUAGGAAUGCAGGAUUCAGGAGAAUUGCCAAACCCUGAUCACCUGGCUUCUCAUGAUGAUUUAUCAGGCUUUAUUGCUUCUGAGCUGGCCAAAGAAAAUGGCAAUUUGUCCCAGGUAGACUGCAGUCAAACUAAGAGGAAUGUGAAAAAGCAUAUUGGGAGUCCUCCCCUCAGUUUUGCGUUUAAUCAUGAACUCACAGAUGUUACCUCAAGACCUGAAGCAGAGGUGUUAUCAUAUGACUCACGUUUCCUAACAGAUGAGAUGUGUUUGAAAAGUGAGAAAGGAGCUAUUAAUCCAGAAAAUAGUAGUGUGGCAUCCUUGGGAAAUGUGGACCUUUGUGAAUUGUGUGUGGAGAAAGUUUUUGAUGAGGCAGAAGAGCUGGAUUGUCAAGCCAAACUUUUGGAAGAUGGAGCCCCAACGCAUUCUCAUAAAGACUCCCCAGAGCAGGUCCCAGACAGUCUCCAGAGCAAGUCUCCAGAAUCAGACGUUCUGGUUAGGGAACUGAGACACGGAGAUGGAGUAGGAACUGUGAUUGACAGAAAGCCUGAGCUGAACGUGGCAUCAUGGGGAGGAACUUCACUGCAAAAUAUCCUUCCAGGGGAGCAAGCCACCAAGUCUAGUAAUAGUGAAUCUGUUUUGGAGGAAAGGAUGCCCAUCCUCCAAGGGCUUGCUCCAACUGCUACAGUGCCCACCCUGGAAGAGAAUGUCCUGCUUGCUGCAGUGUCUGAACCACAAGGAACUGCUGUGGCUGCUGCUCUAGUGCCCUUCCCAAAGGAAGACAUCCCAGCUGCCUUCGUGGUUCCUACAGAGAAUGUCACAGUUGCUGCAGUGUCUGCCCCAGAGGGGACUGCUUCAGCUGCUCCAGUGCCAAUCACAAAAGAGGAUGACACCCCAGAAAAGCCUGCCACCCCCACUGCUUCAGUGCCUGUCCUGGAAGAGCCCACCACCCCCACUGCUUCAGUGCCUGUCCGGGAAGAACCCACCACUCCAAUUCCUGCAGCAGCAGCCACCUCAGAGAAGUAUCCUGCUCCGGCUGCUGCAGUGCCUACCCCAGAGAAGCCUGAUGCCCCAGCUCCUGCAGCAACAACAGCUCCACAGGAGCCAGCUGCUCCAUCAGUGUCUGCCCCACAGGAGCCCACUGCCCCAACUCUUUCAGUACCUAUCCUAGAGGAGUCUAGAAUCCUGGCCAUUGCAGUACUCACUCCAGAGGAGCCUGUCGCCCCAGCUCUUGAAACACCGUUGUCCCCCAAGGAGCCUGCCACCCCAGCUUCUGCAGCGCCAUUGUCUCCAGAGGAGCCUGUUGCCCUAGCUCCUGCACUACUUACCCCAGAGGAGCCUGCCACCCCAGCUCCUGCAGCACCAUCAUCUCCCAGGGACCCUGCCACCCCAGCUUCUGCAGCACUACCUAUACCAGAGGAGCCUGCCACCCCAGCUUCUGCAGUGCCAUUGUCUCCCAGGGACCCUGCCACCCCAGCUUCUGCAGCACUACCUAUACCAGAGGAGCCUGCCACCUCAGCUCCUGCAGCACCUUUAUCCCCAGAGGAGCCUGCCACCCCAGCUGCUGUAACACCAACCCCAGGGAAGCCUACUGCCUCAGCUCCUGCACCACCAUCAUCCUCAGAGGAGCCUGCCAUCCUAAAUUCUGCAGUACCUACCCCGGAGGAGCCUGUCGCCCCAGCUCCUGCAGUGCCGUCAUCCCCAGAGGAGCCUGUUGCCCCAGCUCCUGCAGUGCCAUCAUCCCCAGAGGAGCCUGUCGCCCCAGCUCCUGCAGCACUGUCAUCCCCAGAGGAACCUGCCAUCACAGAUGCUGCAGUACCGACCCCGGGGGAGCUUGCCACCCCAGUUCCUACAGUACCAUUGUCCCCAGAGGAGCCUGCUGCCUCAGCUCCUACAGUACCAACCACAGGGGAGCCUGUUGCCUCAGCUCCUGCAGCAGUGUCUGCCCCACAGAAGCCUGCCUCUUUAGCUGCUAUAGUACUCGCCCCAGAAGGGCCUGCUGCCCCAGCUGUUGCAGCAUUGUCCACUCCAAAGGACCCUGCUGCCCCAGCUGCUGCAGCAGUGUUUGCUCCACUAGAGUCUGGGUUCCUAGCUGCUACAGUGCUUACCCCGGAAGGGCAUGCCAUCCCAGCUGCUGAAGUACCCACCCCAGAGGACCCUGCUGCCCCAGUUGCUGCAGUGCCUUCUGUGGAGGAGAGCAAUUGCCCUGCUGGCACACCCUUCCUGGGAGACACUGCUCAUACUGAAUCAGUGCCUAUAUUGGAAGAAGGAACUCCUGUUCUAGAACGGAUCAAGGAGGACCUUGAUUCCUCAGCAUUUGGAUUAAAAGAGGUGACUGGCACAGUGCUACAUGGGAAAGUGCCUCUGGCUGCAACUGAUGGAUUAAAUUCAAAUGAGGUAAUUGUUGCCCCUUUUGUUGCCUGGAAGGGUCUGGAGAGUUAAGUGAGAUUUACAAGUUCUUUAACUUGAUAGUGUUGAGAAAUGGCACUGGCAGUCCUUCCUAUUCUUUUUGAACCCCCUAGGAUUUUAGUUUUCUGUUCUUAAUUGAAUUUAUAGGGAAAAUGUAUCUUAAUUUUGUCUAUUACUCAUACUCCAUUUUUUAUUCAGAUAAGCCAAGCUCAAGGGAAAAUGAUGUAAACAGUUGUCAGUGUGCAUUUUCUUCUAACGAUUAUUAGCAUGAAAGGAUCAUUUGCUUUUGAUAUACAGAGAUUAUGUUCUUUCCUAAAUCAAGAAAUUAUUUGCUUAUCUGUGAUGUCAGUAGUUCUGUAGAGGACAGAGUGUGCGCUUUACAGUAAAAACUAGAGUCCUUCUGAAUUGUUGGGAAGGUUAGGUAGCCUGUCUCCAGUUUUCUCGUGUUAAUGCAGUAGUACCCUGCAGGGAUUUGAGGACAAAAUGAGAUAGGACAUCUGUGGUACCAGGCGAGCAAGAUCUGAAUUACUGGCCCUUUCUCCCCUUUCUCUUCAAACGGAUGUAUUAGUUGAUUGGAAGAAUUGAUCAAAGUUGGCUGCGUGAAGCCAGCAUAGAGAUAUUUGAAUAACAGCAUCUUAACAUGAAAGUAGGUUUCUUAAAACCAAAGACACACCAAUGUUUACAAAAAUAGAGGUAUUUCACUCAUUUUGUCAGACUGCCUCUGAGUCUUUACAUAAGUCAUUUUCCUUCAGUUGCUAUAUGAAAUGAGAGAAUUGGGCUAAAUAUUCUCUCUCAACUAUGAGUUUCCGGACAUUGGAGACCUGAAUGUGUUAGGAAAUAGUUGAGAACAGUUUUCCACACCCUUCAGCCCUCCUAGACAAAGGAAUUUGAGAUCAGCAGCUUUCUCUGGUUAACUGCCAGGUGUUGUUUCCUCUUUGGUAAGGAAUGAAGUUAGAGGGUUAAUCUAAUUCAGUGUGGGAAAACUGUGUGAGGAGGAAGCUUUGAUUUGAUUCCAUCUCCAGUAUCCAAAUCAGUGCCACCCUCGUGGCAGGCAUUCAUGAAUGAAUGAAUAGUAAUCUCCUGGGAUGCCCAUGGCUGUGCAGGGAAGUUGAGUUCCAUUGCCCACCCCACUGAGAGCCUCUCAGGGCAGC